UCACGGCUCUGGGGACCGUUACAGGGCUGUAUGGGAAAACAGUGUCGAUUCCUUGCAACUACGGAGCCAUUAAAGCAGCAGACAUCAUGAUGAUGAAAUGGAAAUAUAACAAAGGUGAUGCUCAGUUUGGAGACCUGCUAGUCAAGCAGAAAGACCAGAAUGUCUCGAUCUCUGCCACGAAUGAUUACCGGGGCCGUGUGAACAUGGAUGCCAACUUUACCCUGCUGCUUUCUGAAGCCAAGCUGACUGAUGAGCGAACCUUCACCUGUAUGGUGGUGGCUGGUGCAGAUAUCCAUGAAUUCCCAGUUACUGUGCACAUUUACAAGUCGCCUGCAGGCGUGGAGAUAUCUGAUGAAGCAAAGGAGCUGGAGUUUGGCAAACUCACAAAGCUGGGAAAAUGUGUUGCACGGGAUGCUAAUCCAGCUGCAAACAUCACGUGGCUGAGGAACAAUAAACCUCUAGUGGCUGAUGGGAAAGGGAUUAUCAUCAAAAACUCUGUGGAUGGAGACUCCGUCACCGGUCUGUCCACCACAACGUCCACGCUGGAGUAUUCUGCAGAGAAGGCCGACAAUGAAGCUCAGUUCACCUGUAGGGCCGACCACCCUCUGGGGAACAAACUUGUGUCCUCUCCAGUGACUUUCACCAUCACCUACUCCACAGAGCACAUUGAUCUUCAGGUCAUUCCUCAGAAUCGUCUUGUGGAAGGAGACAACUUGACUCUGAAGUGUGUUGCAGAUGGGAACCCUGCUCCUACCAGCUUUAUGUUUGACCUUAAGGGAAAUGCUGUAAAAGUGGAAAAAGGAAACGUGUACACCCUCACAAACAUCUCACGUAACACCAGUGGUGUAUACAAAUGCUCUCUAAUUGACAACCCCUCCAUGGAAGCAUCCAGAAACAUCACAGUCAACUACUUAGACAUCAAUUUAAGCCCAUCUGGGAAGAUAGUCAAGCGUGCUGGCGAGACCUUGGAUAUAACUCUUCAGAUCAAUUCUUCCACAACAUCAAAGGUCCACUGGACAAAGGACUUUAAACAGAGCAGUGAGCCCAAGUUCACCAAGCUUGCUUACUCAGACUCCGGCUUCUAUGAGUGCAAGGUGACAAUGGAGAACCUCGAGAGAACGGCGUCUUUUGAGCUGGUUGUCACAGGUGCUCCCAAAAUCAAAGGUCUGAAAGAGAUCAACGAAGACGGCCAGCAGAAAAUACUAAUUUGUGAGGUUGAAGGUUCCCCAAAACCAGCUGUGUCCUGGAGCAUCAAUGGCACUUUGCUUAAUGAAACGUCCUUCCCCAAUGGCAACAUAGAACACAAGAUCGCGGUCGUGCCCUCCGCCAACCUCACCGUCUCCUGCACGGUGUCCAACGAGUUUGGCACAGAUACCAAACUUAUAGUUGUGUCGCCCCUAUUUGAGGAGGUGAGAAUGGAUAAACAAGACGAGGCGAAGAACGGCGACAAAACCCUGCUGGUGGUCGGGGUCGUAGUCGGACUCGUCAUCGCAGCUGUGGUGAUCGGCUUGGCCUAUUGGCUCUACAUGAAGAAAUCUAAGCAGGGAAGCUGGAAGACGGGCGAGAAGGAGAACGGGUCCUUGGAGGAGGAGAAGAAACUGGAGGAGAACAGUCAGAAGGCYGAAGUGUAAAGACAACCGUCCUCGAAAACGGUGAAGUGAAAGUGAAAACACGGAACUUUUGCACUUUUCUCUUCACCUUCGUCUCGGAGAAACGAAAGUGUGUACAUCGGGAUGAAGACGGCUUGAAUUUGGUUUCAGGGAGACUUUUACAGAAAAAAGUAAAAAAAAAAAAAAGCAUAUCUGGACACCCCCCACCCCCCACCCCACCUCUUGCACCCAUCAACCCCCUCCAUUUAUUAUUGGCAAAACAAAACAAAACAAAAAAAAACUGAAUGGAUACUGUAUGUGAUAUAAAUAAGUUGUCUGCACUACUGAAACACGUGUAAACUUGUCUACUAUUAGCAUUCAUGUUUGUUAGAAUGGAAAUUUGGGGAAAGUGAGAAAAACGCAGAUUUCUUUUUCUUUCUUUAGUCGAUGCAAGUGAAGUUACUACUAGACCCGUUGCCUUUGCUGUAAGGAUGUGUAGAUCUGCGUUAGUCUGUGCUUCGACUCUUUGUCUCUUCAGGACACAGCAGGAACCAAGAAACUUCAUCCUCAGUGCUGUUCUUUUCUGUUUGUUUCAUGCCAUCUCAGGCCAACCACCUCUGCCUUCAGCAUCACUUURUUGUAAAUCUGUUUAUGUUCAKUUGACUGGAAAACACUUAAAUUGGAGAUGAAAUUCAAGGAAGGGCUAAGGGUGUGUUGUACUCAGCGUUACUUAAGGUUGCAGGAAGAAGGUAAUGUGUCUUUUGUGUUAAAUAUGWUUUGUGUGUGUGUGUAAAAAAAGGGAAAUGAAAUGA